ACUUGUUUGUGUAUAUGGUAUAGAAAACCAGUCGUUUUUCUCGUAUUAGUAUAUAACUUACACAUCCAUUUCUCAUUUUUUUUUCCUCAGGAGAAAAGCUAAAGUAAGUAAUAAUUGAUAGAUAACAAUGAUGCAGGGGACAAAUUUCAAAAUCUUGCAUUGUUUCUUACACAUAAAUAUUUUGCAAAUUAUUAUUUUGGAGCUUGUCCUUUCUUUCUUAUUCUAUCUCAAAAUCGUUAAUAGAUUAUAUAUAUAUGAUAUAUGCGUGAGGACCGUACUAUGAUCUAUGGAAAAAAGAUACGUUUUCUCAGAGAAUUUGUUUAUAUUUGAUAUGCAUAUAUGAUGAAGUCUAAUAGUAUUUCUGUCUCAAAAGAAUAACUUCGACAGUUAAGAUAAUUGUAUCAUAACAGGUUAUGAAAAUCAAAGAGGUUCCCUUUCUAGUAUAUCAAAUAAAGUAUACUAAACAUUGUAUCUGUGAACAGAAGCUUGGUUUUUAUAUAUUUCUUUGUUCAAUUUUUCAGAUAUCAUUCUCUUAAUAUUUAUUUAAACUUGAAGAUCCUAGCUUUUCCGGGAUGGACGUAAGAAUUAUCACAGGUUUAUUGCUGUUUUUUUGUUUUAUGGCAAGUAUAUCAAUCUCACAAGUAAGAAUAUCUUUUUUUCAUAUUCUACAAAUCAGUUAAAUUACAAAUUUUAUACAUCAGAGCGCCUCUGCCAAAAUCGAUACAAGGUUAAGGUAUAGACGGCAAGACGAUGAAAGUAAGUGCAUGUCAAUAAAAACAAAUAACUAUCUUAACUCUUCCUAUAAAUCAUACAUAUGAAUAUCUAUUGCUAUUCUUUUCCUAUGAUUUAUUUUAAUGAUCAAUUUCUUCAAGAUAUCUUUUUGCUAUCUGCUUUCUCCCACUCCAAAGCCAGUAUUAUCAGGAAGGAAAUUAAUUUUGCAAAAAUGAUUAAACAAAUACACUACCUAAUGUGAUGAAAAUCUUAUAGAUGAUGAUAGUUCUUCUGAUGAGUUUAACGAUGGUAAGUAUAAUAAUCAAUUAUCAUUAUCAAAAAAAGCACUUAUUAAUGUCCAUCAAACCAUUCCUCUGUAGUUAGAAUAUGUACUGCGCAGCCAUUACCACAAUUGGUAUUCGUCAAAAUACGAAACCGAUUGCUAUAAUGAGAGCAAAUGUAUCAUUAUUUGACAAAUAACAACAGAUAUAACUGUAACUUUCUCUUUCACACGUAUCAAUACUUGAUUAAAAAACUUGACUACUAGCUGUGAUAAUGAUGUACAAAAGAAUAUAUCAAAUUUCAUGGCUUUCUUUGUUUAUUUUAAUCUUUUUAUUCUUGUUUGUUUUGUUUGAUAAAAACUUUUGGUUUUUUUUUACAUCUAUUUUUGGUAUAAUGAAUUAAUUAUUUCUUUUUUCUUCUUUGUCUUGUAGCUGAUCAAGGUGCAAAUGAUAAUGCAAGGGCAACAGUUAUACUUAAUGAUGGUACUACAAUUGUCUUACCACCUGGAACAACAGCUACGAUUCUUGCUGAUGAUGUUACAACGACUGCUGGUGGUAGCACCGAAACAGUUGACACAACUACAGUUGGGUCAACCGCAGACGAUACUACUAUCGGCGCUACUACGUUAGAAGCAGCAACAACAACUGCAGAUAUCACUCUUGAAGCGUCGACUACUGCUGCCGAUACUACUGAUAUAACUACAACUGAAGAUGAAUCAACAACUGCUGACGAUGCUACGACCGAUAGUGCUACAACUGAAGCUGUUACUACCGAUGACGCUACGACAGAUAGUGCUACUACUGACGGUGCCACAUCCGAUGGAGAUACAACUGAUGGUGCUACGACCGAUGGUGCUACCACUGACGGUGCCACAACUGAUGGUGCUACAACCGAUGGUUCUUCUACUGAUGGCUCUUCGACUGAUGGUUCUUCUACCGAUGACUCUUCGACUGAUGGUUCUUCUACCGAUGGCUCUUCGACUGAUGGUUCUUCUACCGAUGGCUCUUCGACUGAUGGUUCUUCUACCGAUGGCGCUAGUACAGACAGUUCUUCUACUGAUGGUUCUUCCACUGAUGGAUCUUCUACCGAUGGCACUAGUACUGAAGGAUCAACAGAAGAUCACAGUGUAACAAGUACUGAUACAUCAUUGACAACAGUGACAGCAUAUGAUGAUGAAAACGAAGAAAAUAAACAAACACCAGAGACAACUACAGUUCCUCAAAAUGUUAAUGACAAUGAAGAAGAUGAAGCUAUUGAAGAUGGGGAUGUUAAAAUAACAACAACAACAGUAAAAACAACUCCAAAAGCAGCGAGUGAUAUAGACGACACAUCAGAUGAUGUUGAAUAUUAUGAUGAGAAUAAAGAGGAAGAAGGACAUUCAACUCCUGAAGUAUCACCCGUUCCAACUCCGACAAACUCUACUCAGCCAUCACACGUUGAAAUUCGUGUGAUCGUAAGCCCAACAGAUGUAAAAGUUCAACGCGGUCAAACAGUUGAAUUAACUUGUACUGUUCAUACUGGUGAUCCAAAUAUAAAUAUUUACUGGAUUCAAGAAGAGCCUCAACGACGUUACGCUUCACUAGAUCCAGCUCAACCAAAUGAUAAACAAGUAAAAGGAUCACAAGUUAUAUCAAAAGCGCGUAUUACACUUGAUGAUCCAAGUAAAAUUGGUAAAUAUACAUGUAUGGCACAAGAUAAUGCUGGAAACAGUGGUGCAGCUAUUGUUACUAUGCAAGAAGUUGAUGGUGGGUAUCAUCCGCAACCAGAAUACCCAGAUGUUCAACCCUCACCGGGUGGUAGAAGAGCUUUACAUAUUAUUGCACCAGAUAUGAGUGAAGGUGAUUAUGUUGAAAUUAAAUGUGAAGGCGCAGAGCCAGAAGAUGAAUCACGUAUUCAAUGGUACUUCAAUAAUCGAUUAAUUGAUAGUUCGCUUAUUACUGAUGAACAACCACUUUAUCCACGUGGCAAAACUCUUCAUAUUCGUCCAAUUUCGAGAUCAUAUUUGGGCAAUUAUCGUUGUUCUAUUCCGGAGAGUAAUUAUAUAGAUGCUAAUAGUGUUUUGACAUUUGCGGGACUGGCACCAGCGCCAGUUGACCCUGUUGGACCAGUACCACCAGCCGGUCAAUGUCGUGAUGAUGAGGCACACUGUCGUAAUGGUCGAUGUAUUCCUCGUUCAUAUAUUUGCGAUGGUAAAAAUGAUUGUGGUGACAACAGUGACGAAACAUGCGGACGUUCUGAUGUAUGUCAACCAAAUGAAAUUCACUGCUCAAAUCCUAACCGUGGAAGAAAAUGUGUUCAGAAGUUUUGGAUGUGUGAUGGUGAUCGUGAUUGUGAUGAUGGAAGUGAUGAACAACAACAUUAUUGCGAAUUACUUCCACGACAACGUUAUUGUAAACCAAGUGAAUUUCAAUGCCAUGGUGUUAAUGAUUCAUAUGGAAAUCCAGUAUGUAUUCCACGAUCAUUUCAAUGCGAUGGUUAUAGUGAUUGUCCUGAUCGUUCGGAUGAAGUCGGUUGUGUUAAGCCAACAAUUAUUUCGCCACCAGAACGUCAAAUUCAAAUCCAUCCUGGUGAAACAUUAACUAUUCGAUGUACUGCUCGUGGUUCUCCAGCACCAUAUAUUAAUUGGCGUCUCAAUUGGGGACAUAUAUGUGGUGAUGGUUCUGAUAAUGGACGUUGUACAAUGGCGCAAGCUUUAGAUGCAAAUGAUCCAACAGUUGUUAUUGGUACACUUACAAUUCGUAACAUCAAUCGAAAUGAUGCUGGUGCUUAUUCAUGUGAAGCUCUUAAUAAUCAAGGUUUUACUUUUGCUAUUCCUGAUGCCAUUGUUCAUGUUAUUAUUGAUGUUCCUAGACCACCAGCAUGUAAUUGUCAUGGUCAUUCAGUAUAUUGUACACCAGAUGGAAUAUGUCAAAAUUGUCAACAUAAUACAGCUGGUCAUUAUUGUGAGCAUUGUGCUGCAGGUUAUCAAGGAGAUGCUCGUGGUGGAACACCUUACGAUUGUCAACCAAUACCCCCCGCUCCUUCAACACGUUCGUAUUUUGAUUAUUAUUUAAAAACAAUAAAAAAAAAUGAUUUGAUUUCUAUAUGUCAAAUAGAUUGUGAUGCAUAUGGUACACAUACGGAACGUAAUGGUCGUUGUGUUUGCAAGUACAAUGUUCAAGGUGAACGAUGUAAUCAAUGUAAACGUAGUCAUUUCUAUUUAAAUCCAACAACACCAAAUGGCUGUUUACCAUGUUUUUGCUCGGGUGUAUCAAGUGACUGUAGAUCUACGGAAUGGCGACGACAACCUACUUCACUUCCAUUAAAUAAUUGGAGUGCUGUACCAAAGAACUUUGCUAUUGAUCCAUAUGAAGCACGUGAUCAUAUUCAACAACGUCAUGGUGGACAUGAAAUAUCUCUUGAUCAAAGUUCAUUAGGUCGAUCAAAUAAUGAAGUUCUUUAUUGGAAAGCACCGAAAGAAGUUCUUGGUGAUUUUGUUACAUUAUAUGAUGGUAAUAUUGAUAUACACUUUACUAAUGAUGGUAAUGAACAUGAAGCACCAAGUAAUGAUGAAUUGAUUUGGUUACGUGGUAAUAAUAUUGAUCUCGUUCAUAAACUUCCUUCAACACAACGAUUUCAAGCAAAUCGUAAUGCAACUUAUUCAGUACCAUGUAACGAAAGAACGUUUACACGUAAAGAUGGUACACAUAUUGAUCGAGAAAAUAUUCUUAUGGCUUUAUCAGACUUGGAUACUUUGCUUGUUAAAGUAAAUCCAAUUGGUGGUCGACGUAACGCUGUUCUCCGUGGUGUUACUUUACAUGCUGCUAAACCUGAUGGUUAUGCUGACGCAGCACCAACAGUUGAAUCAUGUCGUUGUCCAGCUAAUUAUACUGGUACAUCAUGUGAAAAAUGUGCCGAAGGUUAUGGUCGUCCACAUCCAUUAGUUGGCAUUUAUUUGGGUCAAUGUUGGUCUUGUCGAUCAUUGUGUCAUGAACGAUCAGAUCAAUGUGAUCGAGAAACUGGCAGAUGUUUGAAUUGUCAAGGUAAUAGUGACGGUGAUCGAUGUGAACGAUGUCGUCCCGGCUAUGUACUUGACGGACGAAGUCAUCAAUGUGUACGAGAUGACUACUAUCAACCAUAUCCACAACCAGAGCCACAACCAGAGCCACAACCAGAGCCACAACCAGAACCACAACCAGAGCCACAACCAGAGCCACAACCACAACCAUCAGAUGAUACUGAUGUUCAAGGCACAUUUUACUUCGAUCAAAGACCAUAUGACCCACGUAAUCCAACACCAUUGAGUAUUGUUCUGGAUGGUAAUCUACCAGAACAACGCCUUCCACUUCAAAUUCAUCAUGUUGAACCACACUCGGUUGUCUGGGGUCGUACUGAUGGUAGUCCAUUACCAGCAAAUGUUUUUCAAGAAGGUAAUGAUCUUAUCUUUCGACAUCCAACAUCUGACCAAGCUGGAAAUUAUAUUUGCACAAUAACACAUCCUAAUGGCUUUAUUCAACGUAUUCCUAUUUAUGUAAAUUAUCGUCCAGGUGAAUGGAUCUAUGAUCGUCAUCCACCAGUAUUUAGUCCAGCAAGUCCAUUAUCAAUUAAUGAAGGUGCAAGUCAACUAAUUCAAGCUCCAAGUGACUUUUAUAGAGUUCAAUGUACACGUGCUGAUGGUCGACCACUUCCAUCAGGUAUUCAACAAAAUGGUAAUGCUUUAGAAAUCACUCGUGCACAUCCUGAUCAUUCGGGUAAUUACAAUUGCGAAUUAUAUACUGCUGACGGUAGAUCAGCUCGGGCUCCAUAUGACAUUCAUGUACGACCCAGUGAACGACAUCCAUCAACUGGUGAAGACAAAUUAAAAAAUCAAACAGACUCACAACAAAUUAUGAUAACAAAAUUUCUUAAACGGAAAGGUACUCCACCAAGAGUGACUAUUCAUCCACGAACAAUUAACUUAAAAGAAGGUCAACGUAUGAUUGUUCAAUAUACAGUUGCUUCACAUGAUCCAAUUCAAGUCGUUUGGCAUAAAUUAACUGAUCAAGGUUAUCAACCAAUUCCAUCAUUAUUUACUGUUGAACCAAAUCGUCUUGUUCUUAAUCGUGCCACACCUGACGCAGCUGGUACUUAUCAAGUUACUGUAAGCAAUCCACAUGGCGAAGAUCGACAAGAAUUACACAUUAAUGUCGAACCAAGACGUGGUGGUCGUAAUCGUGGUCAGCAAGGAGCUGCACCACAAAUUGAUUUUCCAGAAGCACGAUAUGAAAUUGGUAAUGGUGAAAAACUUGAUAUAGUACCAAAUCUUUAUAAUGUUCAUGGAGGAACCUUAACAUGGUCAAAAGAUGGUUCAACAGAUUUACCUGAUGGUGUAACUGCACGUAAUGAUGGUGCGUUACAUAUUGAAGGUCGAUCAAAUGAUGUUGCAGGAAAAUAUACUCUUGAUGCAGCUAAUGCUCAUGGUCGAGCAUCAAAAUCUCUUAAUGUUUCGUGGAAAGAAACAGAUGAUCAACAAGACAAUUCUGUUGAUGAUAAUGAUGGUUCGCGUAGUUAUAUUGAUGUUCGUCUUUUAUCACGUGAUGAUAUAGAAAAUCUUCAAGUCGGACGUGAUAUUCAUUUACACUGUGCUGUUCAUGGUAGUGUUGAACGUCCAUAUGAAUAUACAUUUACAAAAGAUGGUCAACCAUUAGAACAUAAUGUUGAAGUACAUCCAAACGGUGAAUUAAUUAUUCGUAAUGCUCAAGCAAGUGAUGCUGGACAUUAUCGAUGUGAAGUUGCUUUCCCACGUGCCCCUGGAGUCCGAACACAACAAAGUACUUAUGAUCUUCAACUUUCAGGUGGUUCAGCAGGAGGUUAUGAACAAAGUCAUCAACAUGGACAUGAACAUGCUCAAGCAUCUGAUCAUAUUGAAGUGAUUGCUGAACCAUCCGAAGUAAAUCUUGGACGUGGUGAAGAAGCAACAAUCACAUGUCGAGUUAAUGGUGCUGACCAAUAUAAAGUAACAUGGGGCCAAUAUGCACAUGAUACAAGUCUUCCAAACUAUGCCCAUCAAGAAGGAAAUAAUGUUAUAGUAGCACCAACACAGGAUUCACCUGCUGAACAAAUAUACUUGCAAUGUCAAGCUAAUGUUCCAGGUCAUGAUCAACCACAUCCGGCUUUUGUACGAGUCAAUGUCCGCGGCGAAGAUGAGUCGACUAUUCGUCUUAAGCCGAAAUUAUUAAUUGAACCAUCAACACAUAUUCGCAUAUCAAAAGGAGACAAAUUGCGUAUAAAAUGUUUUGAUCCAUAUGAAACUUACUCAACGACAAUUAGUUGGUUUAGAUUUAGUAAAGACUCUACAUUGAUAAUAUUGCCAAAUCAACAUUCAAAUGGUAUUCUUGAUUUCGACGCCGUAUUAGAUUCAGAUAUUGGCCAAUACAUCUGUCGCGGUGAAAAUCAAGUUGGUUUUGCUGAAGAAAUAGUUACACUUGAGCUAACUGGAUCUGCCCCUUCUAUUAUCAUCUUACCAAAGGUAACUAAUCGGUACCUUCAAGUGCCAUACUAUUCAACUCAAACUAUCGAAUGUCUAAACGAAGAUAGUAGCACAACAGUUGAUAUCACUUGGCGUCGUGCAGAUAAUAAUGAUUGGGACAUAUCAAAAACAGCAACACUUUUUCCAUCUAAUAUGCCUUUACAAUUCGAACAUAGUGGUACAUAUAUAUGUAUUGCUACAAAUAAAUAUGGUACUACUUCAGAAACUAUUACUCUUGAUGUUCAACAAAUAUCGCAUGAAAUUUCAAUUGAUAUUGAACCUACAAAUAUAUUUUUGAUUAAUAGUGAAAUACGUUUUAAUUGUAAAUUACCACAAUCAAAUGAUAUUUGGUGGUCAUCUAUAAAUCAGCAUCAACGAGAAAAUAAUCCACUUACAAUUCAUGUAGGAUCAGAUCAUAUUAAUAGAAAAUUUACAUGUCAUGCAAAAGAUAUUAAUGGAAAAUUACAUAGCAAAAUAAUUCGUAUUCAACGUUAUUCAGCAGAACAAUUAAUGGCAGUUAUUAUUAACGAUGAAGUUGCAAGAAGUUUACCAGCUAAUCAACGAAAAACCAAAACACCUAAAAUUCAUAUUAAAUUAAUUACUGCUCGAACGGAUAUUAAAGUAGGUGGAGUAGUUGAAUUACAUUGUUAUGUUGAAGGUAUUUUACCUAAUAAUUUGUCUUGGUCAUUUCAAUCAGGUUUAUUGCCAAGCAAUACACAUGUAACAAAUGAUGGUCAUUUAUUAAUUUUCAAUUUCGAUACAGACAAUCUUGGGACAUAUAUUUGUUCAGCCGAAACUCCUAUUAAACAUCUUUCAAAAUCAAUUGAAUUUCAACCAAAUGAUAUAUCUAAUAAUAAUAUAGGACCAUCUCUUUCAUAUCAAGUCUAUUCAUCUCGUUCGGAUUAUCGUGUUGGUGGUCGUCUUCUUAUUGAAUGCUUUGUUUCCGAUCCUAAUCUAUCAAAGAUAUGGAUAAAAAAACAAGGCAAAGUAAAUAAAAAUAUAUCGGAAACUUAUCUUUUUAUCGAUAGACUAAGUCAAAAGAAUAUUGGUCACUAUAAAUGUUUAUCAUCAAAUGAAAACCAACAAUCAUCAAUCGAUUUUAACAUUACACAUUCGAAUCUUCGUUCUCAGAUAUUUCCAUUACAAAAGACAUCAAAUCUUCAUAUUGAAUUUCUUUCAUCACUUAAUCAAAUAAAACUUGGUGGAAAUAUUCUUAUUAAUUGUUCAUCAUCUGAUAAGAGACCAGUACAAUGGUUAUUAAAUAAACAAAUAGAUGAAAUAAUAAUAAAUAAUUCAUAUCUUCAUAUUCCAAAAUUUUCAAAUAAUCAUUUUGAUUAUUAUCAUUGUAUAAAUGAAAACGACCGAAAAGAUUUAGUCUUAUCUCCAAGUUUAUUUGAAUUUAUGACAAAUUUAAAUUUAAAAAAAAUAAAUCCAAUUAAGUACGAUAAAUCUUUUAUUGAAAUUAUUGAAGGAAAAUAUAUUGGAGAUAAUAUUACUUUAAUAUGUCGAAUAGGACGAGAUGUAUCACAAGGAAAAGUAGUUUGGACAAAUGUUCCAACACCUAAAAAUCAUUUUUAUAUUCGUGGACCUCGUUUAGAAUUUCGUCCAUUUAAAUUAGAACAUCAUAAUCAAUACAAAUGUCUUAUUAAAUCGAAACAAUCAAAUGAAGUUUUACGUACCUUAACAUUUAAUACACAUACAAAUAUUUACGAACAAACAGAUAGAAAACCAAGCAUAAAUUUAACAGUCGAUACAUCAUACUUAUUGGAUACUGGUGAAUUAAGACUAAUUUGUAGUACAGAUAAUUUAAAUCAAUAUCAUCAAUGGACAUUUGAUGAUCAAAUACCACGAUCAAAAAUUCAUUAUGACUUAUCAAUGAAUGAUCAUACAUCAAUUAUGAUCAUACCCGAUUUUGAUCUUGAAGUUGAUUUAGGAAAAUAUGAAUGUUCAACAACAAACGCCUAUGGUACAACAAUGAGAUCUAUUAAUAUUGAUAGUGAUAUGUUGAAAUCAAAUUGA